AUGAAGAACGAGGAUCUAGAGAAGUCGCAGCUCCUGCUGCAAGAGCAAGUGAAGCAGAUGGAGAGUGAGGAAGCGAAGAUACGAGAAAGCCUGGAACAACUGCGUAAUGAAGCGGAGCAGGCGCAAAAGAGAGAAGAGGAGUGUAGAAAAGAAAAUGAGAGCUUGCACUCCUUGGUAAGCGAGUUAAUGGAGAAAUCGGAGGAGCAAGAACAGAAAGAGGAUGAAUUGAUGAAACAGCUGGACUCCAUUAUGGAUAGCAUUCACGCGAGUUUAGAGGAGAGGAAGAGUCGUUCGCAAGGAUUGAAAUCUCGGUUCUGUAAACGUGAUGAAAUCUGCUAUUUUUGUUCAAAAAAUUGGCAUUAUUUGUUUUUUUGA